ACUAUGUGUGUGUGUGUGUGUGCGAGUCUCAGUGUGUUUGUGUGUGUGCAAUUAAAAAUUGCACUGUACUUGCUCUUGGCCUUUCCCGCGACUUGAGCGGAAAAUCCAGCGCUCUCUGGGCCACCAUUUUCUUUUUCUUCGCUUUUUUCCAACGUCUACUUCUAGCCGCUUGCUGCUGUUGCUCUCUGUUAACCAAUUUCGCUUUUAGCCUUUUUUUACCGGCUGCCAUGAAUGAAGGCACCCAUACAGUUGCACGCAAGCCGGCUAACUCGCUCUCUCAACCUCUCGCUCUCUUCCUCCCGCUCCCUCUCGCUCUCAUUGAGUGAGUUCUGCGAAUGCACUUUUUGGCCGAGUGGAAAUGGACGGUUGCAUGUGUGCGUGAGUGCAUCCGUUCGCCGAACGCGACUGCAGCGGUCUGCUCAGCUGUGGCAGGCUGGCUUUAGCUUUAUUGUCCGUCGGCUCGAGCGGUUCGCUUCGGUCCCGGCCCCGCUGAUUUGGAUUUGGAUUCGGAUUCUCGGAUUCUCGGUUUCUCGGCUUCACGCUUCCUCGGAUUCUCGGUUUCUCGGAUACUUGGAUACUCCGAUAGUGGGAUAUUCUCGCCAGACUCGGCUUCUCUGCGAGAUUCUCCAUUCUCCUCCCUGGCCAGACGGGCGAUUCUUGGGCCCGACCGAUUUGGGUUCGGAUCGAAAGCGGCGUUCGCUGCUGCAGCGCUGCCGGCGUCGCUGCCUGCGCUCUUGCGUAUUAGUAACGUCGGUCUUUGACAUGCCAGGCCACUAAAAACCAAAAAAAUAUAUAUUAAAAAGUAAAAAGAGCUGAAAAUGCAAAAGUGCUGUGACAACCACAUAUAAAUGAAUAGUAGGAAAAAAGUUUAAUACAUUAAAAACAAAUACCAC